GGUGUGUCCAGUACGUUGCCAUCGCGUCGUCAGCCGCCAGUGGGCACCACGCCUAUUUCCUGAUUGUGUUUUUAUUUGGCCGCCGUGUUUCGUCUACGGUUUGGGUGAUUCAUCUGUUGUGAUCGCGCAAUCGCUCGGACACCGCCGUUGCCAAUGUCAUGUACUGGGUGUAGUUCAAAGUUCGGACUCCUCACGAGAGAGCACUCCUGUCCCAACUGCCAAUUCUCGUACUGCGCCAAAUGCCUAAAGUCGUCUGUGCUCGUACCGAAGUUAGGAAAGCAGCACAAAGUUUGCAGGACGUGCUUUGAGACUCUCAGCAGGACUACUGCUAGUAAAACAGAGGAAAGAGAAGCGCCUGCUGCUCUGCAAAAGAGAAUGGACGCACUCAACAAGCAGCAGCAAGCUGACCACUCCGCUUCUCGUGGAGGUGGUUCUGCGCUACAGAUAGAGGAGAUUGAGAGCCGGCUGAAGAAGCUGCGUCAGGACAGCAAAGAUGUCAUUCCAAUUCACGCCGACAUCGAGGAAAGACUCGCAAAACUCAAAGAAGUUGAUGUCUCCUACUAUCGUCAGGCCCCAAUCACAGUGUAUGCAACGGAUGCAGAGAAAGCAAGCAGCCUCUUCGCUGAAGUGAUGCACAAGGUGGCCAUCGACAGGCGUCGGGCCCAGGUUAUAAAGGCAACCACCGAUGAAAUGGAACAGCGUCUCGAACGCCUACGUGGACUUAGCAGAGAUUCCAUGGAUUCAAACCUUCAGGACACAAAGGACAACACUUCAUCCGAUGCCGCUGGUGUUCCCCUUGCCACAACGGCGCCAACAGAGCUUCACCGGUCCACACAGGGAGUGAGUGAUGGAAAAGAGGACCAGCCCAUAGACGAAGUGGCACGACUGAUUAGCGAAGAGCUUAAAGCGGCAGCAGAGUCAGCGAAAAAGGGUCUAGAAGAACUCCAGAAGGACAAAGAACUCAUGAGGGAGCUUGGGCAGAUCAAGACCAAGAAAACGGGUAAAAAAAAGGCGGAAGAUGGCGGAUCCGAUUCAGACGACAGCACAGAGGCGGACGCUGUUGUGGCCAAGGUUCUUGAACAAGCAAAACUCGAGGAACUCGAAGAGUUGCAAGAGCUGGGCUUAGACCAAGGCGGUGAGGAAGCUGAGGAGCUUCCCUGGUGUGUAAUCUGCAAUGAAGAUGCCACCCUACGCUGCCAUGGCUGCUCUAAUGACCUUUACUGCCGCCGCUGCUACAAGGAAUUCCACGACUCUGAGCCACAUGAAACAACACUGCUGAAAAAAUAGCGCAGCAACUACUGCCCCUGGAAUACCCCACACCCACCAAAUGAAAAGAUGCUUCGGUAGUGCCACCAAGAAUUAUUUUAUACGGCAAAUUUACCGGUGCAUAGUCAGCGAGUCAUGCCCCAACACAAGCAGCAUCUUAAUUGCACGCUGUAUGAUAAAAGCUCUAUUGUUGCUUCGCUUGUUGUCUGUUAAAAAGAAGCGUUGGAUGGCAAAAUGUAUGUGUCCGCAGAAUUGCAUAAAGAGUCUGUCAAAUAACAA